AUGUUGAGGGGCCAUGCCCUCUUCCUACACCGAGCAGGUCUGCCACCAUACCACAUUAAUUUUCGUACCCCUGAAGUGCCUUCCAUCACUCGUUUCUGUCAUCACUCGUUUCAUCAUGGUUUAGUAGAAAUAUGCAAUGUCUUUCCCACUUCCAUAAAGAACUGGAAAGAGGAAUUCUUUUUUGUUUCUUCUGCUGCUUUUGAUGGGCCAAUGGCAUAUGGCGCUACUGUUGAUAGAGUUGCAAAUCCUUCUCCUUAUCUCACUCCCGAAGAAUAG